AAUAAAUUAAAGCGCCAAAAUUGUUUUUAUUCCAAUGUUUUUUCAUCGGACGGGUUGCAGUUUUUGGACGUUCCUGUCGGAGUUGAAGCAGUCGACGAGGACCGAAAUGUGUUGCUUGCGCGAUGUACUAAGCCAUUUCACACGUACCUAAUAGCGAGAGGUGGCUGCGGUGGAGAUGCAAGGAAUAAUUUCAAGGGCGAAAGAGGUGAACAGUUGAAUGUCUCUCUUCACUUGAAACUCCGUCCCAAUGUGGGACUCGUUGGAUUUCCAAAUGCUGGCAAAUCGACGUUGAUGAAAGCGUUUGUGCCACGGAAAAGCAUCAAAAUCGCUCCCUAUCCCUUCACAACGACCAAACCACAAGUGGCAUUCUGGACCGUGGACAAGGGGAAAAAAGAAGUAGAGAGCGACUUCACAUUGUCUUUUGCUGAUCUCCCUGGAUUGAUUGAAGGCGCAUCUCAAAAUCGCGGAAAAGGAUAUAAAUUUCUGAAACACCUGGAAUACUCUGAUAUUUUGUUACUGAUUGUGGAUUGUAUGGGAUUCCAACUAUCCAACAAACUAAAUGAACCUUUCAGAUCUCCAAUCGAGGUAGUCGCCCUUCUGAAUCGUGAACUCGAAAACUACGACAGAAAGUUGGUUCAAAAACCAGCAGUUCUUCUCUUCAACAAAAUUGAUAUUGCUCCAGAGGGGGUACCUGAAAAACUGGUGGAGAAAAUGUCCGGCAUGGACUGGCCUCGGCAUGUUCCCGAACAGUACCGCCCCGCUAUACCACUGAUAUUUGACUAUGUCCUUCCUGUGUCAGCAAAAUUGGGUGAAGUCGAAGAAGUGAAAAAAGCUCUCAUUCGGGUAUACAAAGGGCUUCGACCUUCGAUGAUCCCAGAAUCAACGUUUGAUGAUCUUGAUAAAACUUUAUUAUGA